AUGAAGACGAGGUGCGUGCCUUCUGCUGACGGCCUACGCGCUACAUAUUACAGCAACCCUUACUUUGAGGAGCCUGCAGCAGCAUACAGCGAUAUAUCUUCUGUUGAUCUUCGGGUGGCUAGUCUUUCUCCUCAUGCCGAUGUUCCUGUGGAGUCUUUCUCAAUUCGCUUUGAAGGGUAUUUAACCCCUCCUACCACCGAUCGCUAUCGUCUGUACACCCGAGCAGACUGCGGAGUGCGCGUCUUCAUCGAUAACUCAUCAGUUAUUGUAGACCGCAUGCAAACACCAGAAGAAGGAGAUUCAUUCAAAGAAAAUCAAACCAUACAAACAAUACAACCCACGGGCUUCACAGGAGAAGCCAAGAUUUACUCCAACACACUAGGCCGCGUCGUCUUGGGUUGGACGUCCUCCACACUGCCGGAGCAGACGAUCCCGCCUCCCUUUUUCUUUCAAAGCAAUUCACCGCCUCUCCUCAAAAUUGCAGGGCUUCCUGGGGCCUCCUAUGACUUGACUUCGCUAGAGGAGGGAGACCUCGCCUUCAUCGACUCUACUCAGCACUUCCUCGCUGAUAUUCCUGCUUACUACAGGGGACUCAGCCUGCUUCGAACUCAUAGGGCCCCCUCCCCGCAGAGUGCAGAAGCAGCAACAACUGCAGCAGCAGCAGCAGCUGCUGCUGCUGCAGGUGCAGCAACCACUGUCCAGUUCGAGGUGUCUGCUGACUGCGUAGUGUUUGUUGCAAUUCCUAGGGAAACAAAAAAGACUCCUGCGGCCUCUCACCACCUUGGAUAUCAGCCCUUAGUAUUUGCUUCUAUAGACAACACCAUCAGCGUAUACACCGCAGCUUCCCGCGACGCGAAAGCUACUCAACAAGAUCACUACGCCUUAUUCGCAGCGAGGGCCCUCCCUGGAAUGGUAGCCAUCGACGUCCCCCCUGCACAACGAGACUGCAGCGCGGGGCUUUCGGGUUUGAAUAAAGAUUUGCCCUUCGCCUCCUGGGAAACUGCAGCAGGGCGAUGCGCCAACGAAUUGAUCGCCGUCUCUUUUAAGGUACCGGUGGAGAUUCAGGAAGUGCAGGCGCCCCUUGUUCACCCUGAAGAUUGCAAAGAAAAACCAGCAGCAGCAGCAGCAGCAGGAACAGCAGCAGGAGCAGCAGCAGCAGCAGCAGCUGCAGCAGCAACUCGGGGGGGAGUUUCGUUUCCUCAGCCAAACUGCACAGAGGCUGAUCGAUGUUCUCCGCUGGUUGAUUGCAACUUUCCCAACUCCUGGUCUAUUGAUAUGCCGUCGCUGGGGAGGUAUUUUGUUACUGUGGAGGUGGGCUCGCCCUGCGGUGGAGUUGUAGCGAGCUUAAAAGUAAACGAAGUGCCGUUCCUCGUCAAGGAGCUGCUGCAUGCAGGGCAAUACAGCAAAGUUAUGGGGCAAAUCACGCUGAGUCAAACCCCCACCAUUCGAUUGACGGCCGACGCCCCCGUCGCUCUUCAGGCAGUGCUAAUUCAAAAAAUUAUAAAGCAGACCCCGCACACAGACCAGCAGCAGCAACAGCAACAGCAGCAACAGCAGCAAGAACAGCAGCAACAGCAGCAACUUCUCCCCCGUGCGUUCGAGAUGUGA